ACGACCGUAUCCCCAUCAAUGGCACAUUGCUCGUCCGGGGAAUCGUGCACCGUUACCGGGUAAUAUCGGCAGUGGCCCGUCAUGCACUGGUAUAAUAAAGUCCCAGUAGUAAAUACGGUGAAACUAUUUAAUGUUAAGUGUACAUCCUGACCGUCGCCAUAUUAAAAUCCGCUGGUAGUUACCACGUGACCAGCUCACAUAAGGAAGUAGCUGUCUGUCCUAAAAUUACAAACCUAAUAUUACACAUUCAACAUGAUUUAAGAUUGUGAAUCACAAUUUCAAUCUUGAAAAUAGAUACUCUUCACGUAGUAUUUUUGGCGUAAAAUUAAAGGACAUCGGCAUAAAAAAGUAUUAUUCACACGAACAGGAAGGGGUUUUACGACAGUUGUUUUUACGACAUCAUCGAUUUACGACUGCUGUCGUUAACAAGCGCGGAAUUUGUAAAAUCAAUAACAUCACAUUUAUCUGCCCUUUUUACCAACCCUUUCAGUUGGCAAAAUAGUUUUAAAACUAUUUAUUUAUUAGCAGAUUGGGUCCACGCUAAUGCACGUUACAUUGUAAAUUGUGUUUAAGUGAUCAGGAAAAUUGUUAAGGUUAAGUUUCGGCAUGUAGACUUAGUUUCAGGGUUGAAGUUUGACAUGAUUUAGUUACUCCCAUCAAGCUAACUGACCCUGUGAGAUCUGGACAGUUUUAUGUUGUGUCAAUCAGUCAAAAAUAACAGUUUGUAACAACGCUUCAGGAGUCAUAUUGACUAAUGUUAGCUGGGCACGACGUGUGUGUGUGUAACGUUAUGACAAGUGUAGCUCCCAACGCGCCCUGGCUAGGCGAGCUAUGCUGAUACAUCAUCUGACUCGGGCUCUGUUCACAUCCGGACGACCGUUAACGUUACGGAUCCAGGUCCACAGGGGGUUGAGCGUCACCGGACAGAAGAGGACGGACUCCCCGGGAGACAUGAUCCGGAGGACUCCGAUCAAACGGGUUCUCUGUGUGGCGGAGAAGAAUGACGCGGCCAAAGGCAUCGCGGAGAUCAUGUCUGACGGCAGAGCGAGGAGGAGGGAGGGGCUGUCCGUCUAUAAUAAACUCUAUGAGUAUGAAUACAACCUGUUUGGAAGGAAUGUGGCGGUGUGUAUGACGUCAGUUUCAGGUCAUCUGUUGGGUCUGGAGUUCAAGGCUCAGUUCCAGAAAUGGCACAGCUGUUCUGUCCUCUGA